CAACAAUGUUUUAUCAAACAGAGGGGAAGGAAAUGGAGCUUCCUCUUAUAUCAUCUCUGCGUUCACAUUGUGGAUCUCUUUUUCCUCACUCCGCCACGCCCAUCUCGGUAUCUGACACCCAUCACCACCUCAAAGGUUUCACCUUUUUCCCUUCUUGGCCUUCUAAUUCUUGUCUCCUUUUCCAUUUUUAGCUUCUCAGUUUUCUGAUGUAGCUUCAUGCCUCCAUAUACAUUAACUUCCACAGAGCUCAAGAACAACAGAAGUUCGUGCAUUUACUGCUUUAAGAACCCCAGUUGUGAAGGUGAUCAGAGGGUGAGAGAGCAAUCAGUGAGCAAAAGGAGAGAGCUUUUGCUUCAAGCAGCUACCUUUCUUGCUGCAUCCUCUUCCCUUUCUGCAUUUAAUACUUCAGUUGCACAUUCUCAAAAAGAUGCAGUGAAGGAGUUUCAUGUAUAUACUGAUGAUGUAAACAAGUUUAAGGUAUCCAUUCCGAGUGAUUGGGAAAUUGGGUCAGGAGAGGGUGAUGGGGUGAGGUCACUCAUUGCCUUCUAUCCUCAAGAACCUUCUUCAAGCUCAAAUGAUGUUCUGCUGCCAUCAGUGAGCAUAAUGAUCACAACUCUUGGUGCUGACUUCACCACAUUGGGAUCCUUUGGAAGAGUGGAUGCUUUUGCAGAUAAUCUGGUUAGUGGAUUGGACAGAAGCUGGAAACGCCCUCCAGGAGUAAAAGCAAAGCUAAUAGAUUGCAAAUCUGCUAAUGGGUUGUAUUACAUUGAUUACACUUUGCAAAAUCCCGGACAAAGCAUGCAGCAUCUAUUCACAGUUCUUGGAAUAGCGAACAAUGGUUUAUACAACCGAUUGUAUACUGUUACUGGUCAGUGUGUAGAUGAGGAGACAGAGAAAUAUUGUGCCAAAGUUGAGAAGGCAGUGGCAUCUUUCAGGUUCAUCUAAGCAAUGGCCAAUGCAAAUGUUCUGUCACUAAAAGCUAUUGCAGAGACACUUAGAUAUCUAAUUGGAAACACUAUUCAAAUAAU